AUCGAAGAUACAGUAUAAUGCGGUCAGAUGUCAUCUGAAGAUCUCAUUCGAUUGGAAGAUUGGGAGGUCACUGGCGUUUGUGUACAAAUGCAAGAUUCUCGGAGUCACGAGCCAAUUCAAUAACGAGCACAAAUUACUCCCAGGGUUGCUUGGAAAUCCCGCGGGAGUGAAAAAUGGAAGUUUCAUUUUGUAUUCCUAUUAA